CGAAGAGAUUACAAGCCCCUUGGGGAAUGGAAAAGGUAGACAAGGCAGAAGGUCAGGUGGAAGAGAGGAGAACCAGUCAUGCCAAGGUCUAGGCCAUGUCUCCCAGCCAACAAUGGUGGCUGGGCACGAGAGCUCAGUUAUGUUGUCAGUGACCACAAGGGCGGAUCUUCUGCAACAUGGGAAAAGAAGAAGCCAGAUCAAUACAGGAAGUUGCUGGCCACAAGGAGGUGGAGAUGGAGAGGUCCUGCCCCGACUCGGUCCCCCACAUGAGAAGUCCUGAGGAUGUGUGUCACUUCAUCCUGGUUCUCUCUGGACUCCUGAGCACCGCAGUGUUACUACCCAGAGUCCUCCCCUUCCUGAUGGCUCUGCUGGUCUCACUCCCUGGAGGGCCUCUGGCCAUGGCUCAGAUCCUGCUUCUUCUGCUGUCAGCAGCAUGUGUGCACACUGGGAACUCUGCAGGAGCCAGCAGAGAAAAUGACUAUGGAUUCAACCAACCAGCAAGCCUCUCUGGGGUCCAGGGCGGCUCCAUCGAGAUCCCCUUCUCCUUCUCCUUCCCCUCCUCCUGGCAGUUGGCCAAGGACUCAAAGAUGAGCAUAGCCUGGAGAUGGAAGAACUUCCAUGGGGAAUUCAUCUACAAGUCAACCCCGCCUUUCAUACAUGAACACUUCAAGGACCGGCUCAUCCUGAACUGGACACAGGGUCAGACAUCCGGAGCCCUCAGAAUCCUGAACUUAAAGGACACUGACCAGGCCCCAUACUUUGGCCGAGUUUUUCUGCUAACAACAGAAGGCAUGAAGUUUUGGCAGUCUAUUCCUGGGACCCAACUCACCGUGACCCAUGCCACCUGCACCCCGACUACACCUCCAAGCACCACCAGCACCACCAGCACCACCAGCACCACCAGCACCACCGCUACAACUUCUGUGCGCACCAAAAAUGUCGUCACAGAAAGCACGCAUAGUGAAACUGGUGGCCUGGAUCUGCACACCGCAAUUGGGUUGGCAGUGGCGGCUGCUGUCUUCCUGGCUGGGGUUUUGGGAUUGAUAGUGUUCCUCAGGUGGAAGAGAAGGCAAGGCCAGAGGACUAAAGCUGAAACCCCAGCCAGGGAGCCAUUGGAAAACAGUGAGAAACGUGAGAGUGUUGGCCCUGAAGGACAAUGUAUGGAUGCCAAAGAGAACCCCAAGGAUAGUAACAUCCUGUAUGCCUCCAUCUCCCUCUCAAGCCCCACCUCACCAGGAGCAGCGCCCAGCCUGCCUGCCCACAGGAACCCCCAGGAAGAGACUGUGUACUCCACCGUAAAGGCCAAAUGAGUGAUGCUCAUUAGAAUCACCUUUGUUUCUAGUGGGAAGACUCCAGCUUCCACAGAUACCACAGGCAAAGAAAAAUUCACAGGUCACCGAUACCACCACAGGCAGACACAGAAAUUCAUUAGUCAGAGUCUAACCACAAAGAAACUGAGAAACUCCCAGUUCCUUUUUCUAACUUCAUAGGCCUUCCUCACAAAAAUAAAAAGAUCCACAGAAUUUGCCUAAAUGAA